UGGAGGCCCCGCGGAGGGAGGAGGUGACCGGCGGGGCGAAGCGCUCGGCCGGAGUUGGAAGGGCAGGGGAGGGGCCCAGCCUUUCUCCCAUCCGGGAGCGAGAUCUGGGCUAAGCUGGGUGUCUUAAGCCCAAGUCCAGCCCCCGGCCACCACGGCCGCCGCCCAGUGCGCUGUGCCUCGGCCAGGUGCAAAAUGCCGUGUCAUUGGGAGAGUCCGCGACCGCAGCAUUAAAUUACAACACAGCGGGGCCCGGGUAAGGCGGCGGGAGUGGAAGAUGAGCAGGAGCCCCUGUUCUUGCAACAACCGCUGACCAGCGGAGGGAGCUCAGCCGGGGCGGGGACCGAGCCUGGCCCACUGGAGCCGUCUGGGGUGGCCUGUUCCCCUUUCAAAGCAGCAGCUCGGAUACGCGAGCCAGAGAUCCGAACCGGACUCGCUCCGCUAGCCUGCUCCAGUGAGCGGACCCACUCACUGCGCCUCGGCCUCCCGCGACCUUUCCCAGCCCUCUUCGCGCUCUGGGCGCACCGGGCCCCACGCGCCCCAGGCAUGUUGAGGGUCUUCAUUCUCUACGCUGAGAACGUCCAAACCCCGGACACCGACAUCAGCGAUGCCUACUGCUCUGCGGUGUUUGCAGGGGUGAAGAAGAGAACUAAAGUCAUCAAGAACAGUGUGAACCCCGUGUGGAAUGAGGGCUUUGAGUGGGACCUCAAGGGUGUCCCCCUGGACCAAGGCUCUGAGCUUCACGUGGUGGUCAAAGACCAUGAGACGAUGGGGAGGAACAGGUUCCUGGGGGAAGCCAAGAUCCCACUCCGGGAGGUCCUGGCCACCCCCAGUCUGUCUGCCAGCUUCAAUGCCCCCCUGCUGGACACCAAGAAGCAGCCCACAGGGGCUUCGCUGGUCCUGCAGGUGUCCUACACGCCUCUCCCUGGAGCUGUGCCCCUGUUCCCACCCCCCACUCCUCUGGAGCCUUCCCCAACUCUGCCUGACCUGGAUGUGGUGGCUGGCGGGGGACAGAGCCGGGCCGAGACUUGGUCCCUGCUUAGUGACAGCACCGUGGACACGAGAUACUCUGGGAAGAAGUGGCCGGCCCCCAUGGACACAGGAGGAGAGCAGGACACCGAGGACCAGGGGCUCACGGGAGAUGAGGCAGAGCCAUUCCUGGAUCAGAGCGGUGCUCUAGACCCGGGGGCUCCCACCAGCCCCAGGAAGUCACCUUCUCAUCCUCCCCCUUACCACCCUGGAAACAAGAGAAAGAGACGCACGCCCACGCCCAAAAAGCUGCUGUCGGACAAACCGCAGGACUUCCAGAUCAGGGUCCAGGUGAUCGAGGGGCGCCAGCUGCCGGGGGUGAACAUCAAGCCUGUGGUUAAGGUCACCGCUGCUGGGCAGACCAAGCGGACGCGGAUUCACAAGGGAAACAGCCCACUCUUCAGUGAGACUCUUUUCUUCAACGUGUUUGACUCUCCCAUGGAGCUGUUUGAUGAGCCCAUCUUCAUCACGGUGGUAGACUCCCGGUCCCUCAGGACAGAUGCUCUCAUUGGGGAGUUCCAGAUCGACGUGGGCACCAUUUACAGAGAGCCCCGGCAUGCCUAUCUCAGGAAGUGGCUGCUGCUCUCGGACCCUGAUGAUUUCUCUGCUGGGGCCAGAGGCUACCUGAAAGCAAGCCUUUGUGUGCUGGGGCCCGGAGACGAAGCUCCUCUGGAGAGAAAAGACCCCUCCGAAGACAAGGAGGACAUCGAAGGCAACCUGCUCAGGCCGACAGGCGUGGCCCUGCGAGGAGCGCACUUCUGCCUGAAGGUGUUCAGGGCCGAGGACCUGCCGCAGAUGGACGAUGCCGUGAUGGACAACGUGAAGCAGAUCUUUGGCUUUGACAGUAACAAGAAGAACUUGGUGGACCCCUUCAUGGAAGUCAGCUUUGCAGGGAAAAUGCUCUGCAGCAAGAUCCUGGAGAAGACGGCCAACCCUCAGUGGAACCAGAGCAUCACGCUGCCUGCCAUGUUUCCCUCCAUGUGUGAAAAAAUGCGGAUUCGUGUCAUAGACUGGGAUCGCCUCACUCACAACGACGUCGUGGCCACCAUCUACCUGAGUAUGUCAAAAAUCUCUGCCUCUGGAGGAGAAAUAGAAGAGGAGCCUGCAGGUGUGGUCAAGCCUCCGCAAGCCACAGACCUGGAUGACCAUCUGGGCUUCCUCCCCACAUUUGGACCCUGUUACGUCAACCUCUAUGGCAGCCCCAGGGAGUUCACAGGCUUCCCAGACCCCUAUGCAGAGCUCAACAUGGGCAAGGGGGAAGGUGUGGCCUAUCGAGGCCGGGUUCUGCUCUCCCUGGAGACCAAGCUGGUGGAGCACAGUGAGCAGAAGGUGGAGGACCUCCCUGCAGAUGACAUCCUCCGGGUGGAGAAGUAUCUUCGGAGGCGCAAGUACUCCCUCUUUGCCGCCUUCUACUCGGCCUCCAUGCUGCAGGACGUGGACGAUGCCAUCCAGUUCGAGGUCAGCAUCGGGAACUAUGGGAACAAGUUCGACACCACCUGCCUGCCGCUGGCCUCUGCCACCCAGUACAGCCGGGCAGUCUUUGACGGAUGCCACUACUACUACUUACCCUGGGGCAACGUGAAGCCUGUGGUGGUGCUGUCAUCCUACUGGGAGGACAUCAGCCACAGAACCGACACUCAGAACCAGCUGCUUAGGAUCGCUGACCAGCUGGAAGCUGGCCUGGAGCAGGUCCACCUGGCCCUGAAGGCUCAGUGCUCCACUGAGGACGUGGACUCCCUGGUGGCUCAGCUGAUGGAUGGGCUCAUUGCAGACUGCAGCCAGCCCCUGGGCGAUGUCCACCAGACACCCUCUGCCACCCACCUGGACCAGUACUUGUACCGGCUGCGCACCCGUCACCUGAGCCAAAUCACUGAAGCUGCCCUGGCCCUGAAGCUCGACCACAGCGAGCUCCCGGCUGCCCUGGAGCAGGCUGAAGAUUGGCUUCUGCGUCUCCGUGCUCUGGCGGAGGAGCCCCAGAACAGCCUGCCGGACAUUGUCAUCUGGAUGCUGCAGGGAGACAAGCGUGUGGCGUACCAGCGGGUGCCCGCCCACGAAGUCCUCUUCUCCCGGCGGGGUGCCAACUACUGUGGCAAGAAUUGUGGGAAGCUGCAGACGAUCUUUCUGAAAUAUCCGAUGGAGGGGGUCCCUGGUGCCCGGAUGCCAGUGCAGAUACGGGUCAAGCUCUGGUUCGGGCUUUCUGUGGAUGAGAAGGAGUUCAACCAGUUUGCUGAGGGGAAGCUGUCUGUCUUUGCAGAAACGUAUGAGAACCAGACCAAGCUGGCCCUGGUGGGGAACUGGGGCACCACGGGCCUUACCUACCCCAAGUAUUCUGACGUCAUGGGCAAGAUUAAGCUCCCCAAGGACAGCUUCCGCCCCUCAGCUGGCUGGGCAUGGGCUGGAGACUGGUUCGUGUGUCCGGAGAAGACCCUGCUCCAUGACGCUGAUGCCGGGCACCUGAGCUUCGUGGAGGAGGUGUUUGAGAACCAGACCCGGCUUCCCGGAGGCCAGUGGAUCUACAUGAGUGACAACUAUACUGAUGUGAAUGGGGAGAAGGUGCUUCCCAAAGAUGACAUUGAGUGCCCCCUGGGCUGGAGGUGGGAAGAUGAAGAGUGGUCCACAGACCUCAAUCGGGCCGUUGAUGAGCAAGGCUGGGAGUACAGCAUCACCAUCCCCCCGGACCGGAAGCCGAGGCACUGGGUCCCUGCUGAGAAGAUGUACUACACUCACCGACGACGGCGCUGGGUCCGCUUGCGCAGGAGGGACCUCAGCCAGAUGGAAGCGCUGAAGAGGCACAGGCAGGCUGAGGCGGAGGGCGAGGGCUGGGAGUACGCCUCGCUGUUUGGCUGGAAGUUCCACCUGGAGUACCGCAAGACGGACGCCUUCCGCCGCCGCCGCUGGCGCCGCCGCAUGGAACCCCUGGAGAAGACAGGGCCUGCAGCUGUGUUUGCCCUUGAGGGGGCCCUGGGUGGUGUGGUGGAUGACAGGAGUGAAGAUUCCAUAUCCGUGUCCACCUUGAGCUUUGGUGUGAACAGACCCACGAUUUCCUGCAUCUUUGACUAUGGGAACCGCUACCAUCUACGCUGCUACAUGUACCAGGCCCGGGACCUGCCUGCGAUGGACAAGGACUCCUUUUCUGAUCCGUACGCAAUCGUCUCCUUCCUGCACCAGAGCCAGAAGACAGUGGUGGUGAAGAACACCCUGAACCCCACCUGGGACCAGACACUCAUCUUUUAUGAGAUUGAGAUCUUUGGGGAGCCAGCCAGCAUCACCGAGCAGCCACCCAGCAUCGUGGUGGAGCUGUAUGACCAUGACACCUAUGGUGCAGACGAGUUUAUGGGCCGCUGCAUCUGUCAACCGAGUCUGGAACGGAUGCCCCGGCUGGCCUGGUUCCCACUGACGAGGGGCAGCCAGCCGGCGGGAGAGCUGCUGGCCUCUUUUGAGCUCAUCCAGAGAGAGAAGCCGGCCAUCCACCAUAUUCCUGGUUUUGAGGUGCAGGAUACAUCAAAGAUCCUCGAUGAGUCAGAGGACACAGACCUGCCCUACCCGCCACCCCAGCGGGAGGCCAACGUCUACAUGGUUCCCCAGAACAUCAAGCCGGCUCUCCAGCGCACUGCCAUUGAGAUCCUGGCAUGGGGCCUGCGUAACAUGAAGAGUUACCAGCUGGCCAGUGUCUCCUCCCCUAGUCUCGUGGUGGAGUGUGGGGGCCAGACGGUGCAGUCCUGCGUCAUCAGGAACCUCCGGAAGAACCCCAACUUUGACAUCUGCACGCUCUUCAUGGAAGUGAUGCUGCCUAGGGAGGAGCUCUAUUGUCCCCCCAUCGUGAUCAAGGUCAUUGACAACCGCCAGUUUGGCCGCCGGCCUGUGGUGGGCCAGUGUACCAUCCGCUCCCUGGAGAGCUUCCUGUGUGACCCCUACUCAGCGGAGAGUCCAUCCCUACAGGGUGGCCCAGACGACGUGAGCCUGCUCAGUCCUGGGGAAGAUGUGCUCAUUGAUAUCGACGACAAGGAGCCCCUCAUCCCCAUGCAGGAAGAGGAGUUCAUCGAUUGGUGGAGCAAAUUCUUUGCCUCCAUUGGGGAGAGGGAAAAGUGUGGCUCCUACUUGGAGAAGGAUUUUGACACUCUAAAGGUCUACGACACACAACUGGAGAAUGUGGAGGCUUUUGAGGGCCUGUCUGACUUUUGUAACACCUUCAAGCUCUACCGGGGCAAGACUCAGGAGGAGAUGGAAGAUCCAUCUGUCAUUGGGGAAUUUAAGGGCCUCUUCAAAAUUUAUCCCCUCCCAGAAGACCCAGACAUACCCAUGCCCCCGAGACAGUUCCACCAGCUGGCUGCCCAGGGGCCCCAGGAGUGCUUGGUCCGUAUCUACAUUGUCCGAGCAUUUGGCCUGCAGCCCAAGGAUCCCAAUGGGAAGUGUGAUCCUUACAUCAAGAUCUCCAUAGGGAAGAAAUCAGUGAGUGACCAGGAUAGCUACAUACCCUGCACCCUGGAGCCUGUAUUUGGAAAGAUGUUUGAGCUGACCUGCACUCUACCUCUGGAGAAGGACCUGAAGAUCACUCUCUAUGACUAUGACCUCCUCUCCAAGGAUGAAAAGAUUGGGGAGACAGUCAUCGACCUGGAGAAUAGGCUGCUGUCCAAGUUUGGGGCUCGCUGUGGACUCCCCCAGACCUACUGUGUCUCUGGACCAAACCAGUGGAGGGACCAGCUCCGCCCCUCCCAGCUCCUCCACCUCUUUUGCCAGCAGCACAGAGUCAAGGCCCCUGUGUACCACCCUGACCGCGUGGUGUUUCAGGAUAAAGAAUACACUAUUGAAGAGAUAGAGGCCGGCAGGCUUCCGAACCCACACCUGGGCCCUGUGGAGGAGCGUUUGGCUUUGUAUGUCCUCCAGCAGCAGGGCCUGGUCCCAGAGCAUGUGGAGUCACGGCCCCUCUACAGCCCCUUGCAGCCGGACAUUGAGCAGGGGAAGCUGCAGAUGUGGAUCGACCUGUUUCCUAAGGCCCUGGGGCGGCCUGGACCUCCCUUCGACAUCACUCCCCGGAGAGCCAAAAGGUUUUUCCUGCGUUGUAUUAUCUGGAACACCAAAGAUGUGAUCCUGGACGACCUCAGCAUCACGGGGGAGAAGAUGAGCGACAUUUAUGUGAAAGGUUGGAUGGUCGGCUUCGAAGAGCACAAGCAGAAGACAGACGUGCAUUACCGCUCCCUGGGUGGCGAGGGCAACUUCAACUGGAGGUUUAUCUUCCCCUUCGACUACCUGCCAGCUGAGCAAGUCUGCACCAUCUCCAAGAAGGAUGCCUUCUGGAAGCUGGACAAGACCGAGAGCAAAAUCCCAGCGCGAGUGGUAUUCCAGAUCUGGGACAAUGACAGGUUCUCCUUUGAUGACUUUCUGGGCUCCCUGCAGCUGGAUCUCAACCGCAUGCCCAAGCCAGUCAAGACGGCUGAGAAGUGCUCCUUGGACCAGCUGGAUGACACUUUCCACCCAGAAUGGUUUGUGUCACUUUUUGAGCAGAAAACAGUGAAGGGCUGGUGGCCCUGUGUAGCGGAAGAGGGUGAGAAGAAGAUCCUGGCGGGCAAGCUGGAAAUGACCUUGGAGAUUGUAGCAGAGAGUGAGCAUGAGGAACGGCCUGCUGGUCAGGGCCGGGAUGAGCCCAACAUGAAUCCCAAGCUCGAGGACCCAAGGCGCCCCGACACCUCCUUCCUGUGGUUCACCUCCCCGUACAAGACUAUGAAGUUCAUCCUGUGGCGGCGUUUCCGCUGUGCUAUCAUCCUCUUCAUCCUUCUCUUCAUCCUCUUGCUGUUCGUGGGCAUCUUCGUCUAUGCCUUCCCGAACUAUGCUGCCAUGAAGCUGGUGAAGCCCUUCAGCUGAGGACUCUCCUGCCCUGGAGGAGGGCACCAUGUCCUCCUGGCCCAGGACUGGCCUUCCUCCUCUACCCAGCUCAGCUGAGCUCCUCCAGACCUCCAAGGCAUGACCGUCCUACCAGGGUGAACAGAUAGACAGAUGGACUGGCACAUGCUCCAACAGUUGCUGACACCAAGUCCUGGGAUCAUCUCACUUUUGUCAUUUCUUUCUCCCCCAACUCAACCUUUUUUAGGAUCAGCUCAUGUGUAUUUCAGUAUAAAACAGUUUGAACCACAAA